UAUCUAACUAGAGUUUUGUGUUUCCAUUCAAAACCAAUUCAUCCUUUACCUUUUCUCUCAAGGAACUUCAUGAUAUCUUUGUUUCUAGUUUUGUGUAAUCAGAGAUGCCAUCUUAAAGCUAAGGAUAUCAGGAAGAAGUUCCUCGAGGGCGUUUCCGUUCGAUCUGAAAAAGUGAAGGAUGAGUUGGUUUUGGAUGGAAACCACAAUGAGCUUGUUUCUAGGUCUUGGGCUCUCAUUAAUCAGCUUAAAAAUAAGGAUAUCAGGGAGUUCUUUGAUGGUAUGGUAUUUAUGUCAGCGAGCGAAGGGAGCAAUAUCAGAGAAGAGUAGAGGGUAGAGGAUGAAAACAUUUAUGUUAGGUUUUUGGUUUGGAGAUCCUUUUGAUUAGCUGGGAUUUUACAAUUUUGUGUUGUCAAACUUUUUCUUUUGAAAAUAUCUAUUUGAGUUCUACUCUAGGUAUUGAAUAUUUGCUUGAAGCGGUAAAUUAUCAUGCAUUGUUGUCUCUACUUCUUUGUUUUGUCCAUGGGUAUUUUGCUUACACGAUCUGUGUGUUGUGAUGAGAGAGAGUGGUUGACUCAGCAGCUUAAUUACUGAA